AUGAGUAGUAUCAAGGAGUCGUGGAUGUCACUGAUAGAGACACGGUUCAACGUCGAACAUCUGCGUGGCUCGAGCGCCGACUUCCUUGGGCGACAUCUUCCCUCACUAGACGACGAGCUACUGUACAUGAGCAGAGGCAUGGCUAUUGCUAGGCGACGUCGAAACAUGUUCACUGCCGCGUGUCGCAUUCCAGCCGAAGUUUUGUCGUCUAUCUUCACCUUCAGUGCGCAAAGCGGAUGGUCCCCCAGCCGUAGGCCACGCGGACGGUUUGAUUAUGGAUGGAUGUAUAUAACGCACGUAUGCGCGUAUUGGCGCGAGGUAGCCAUCGGAACAGCCUCACUUUGGACAAAUCACCCCGAUUGCCUAGAUUUACCGACGGAAAUCGUCCCUCAUGUCGUCCAUCGCGCUCGUAACUUGCGUCAUGGUUUCGAAGUGAAUACCUACGAUGUCGAAGUUGAUCUUGGCAAGCAACUCAUGUCAGCUUGGGCAUCGUCUGUGCCCUUUGGUUCACAUGUCCAGUCUUUGACGUUGGCCGGCAACGAAGAAGGCUUCGAGAUCGUCCGACAGUACGUGCAACAGCCGAUGAAUGGCUUAGAAGAACUUGCGGUAGAGAUGGAAGACCUUGAAAACGUGGUCGAGGUAUUUUGCCUUCCCGACGACCUUUGCCCGAGCGCAGUCCGUCUGGCCAAACUCACUCUUUGGGGAUGUCUGCCGCGCCAAUGGAACACAGACGUGCACUUGUUGCGCUCUUCGUUAACCCAUCUCACUAUAUAUCUCGAUUACGGCAAAUGCGCUGACGAGGAGCUCUACCCAGACUACGAAGAGUUUGUCCAGGUCUUGUUGUCCAUGAUCAACCUCCGUUCACUCAAGCUUGAGAACUUCUUUCCAUAUCUAUUGCCUCUGUCUCCCGGGGAGCGGCCUCGAAACCCGGUCUUUCUCCCCUACGUGGACUAUAUCGGGAUUGCAGCACAACAGCGUUACCAUGACGCAUUAUGUCUUGUGCCGCUCUUGUUACAUCCGCCCUCUACCUGUGUAGAGGUUACGGUCCUCGUCAUCGGAGGAGAUGAAAGGGAGUUUCAUCCAGAGAGGGCAGUCGAGCUGAUGCCCUUGUUGGACCCGGCUGUCACCGCUCUCUACGCAGGCGGGGAGACGGCGCCAUGCGAGCUCGCCGUGGGAUUGCGUGAUCUUCACUUCCACAAGACCGAAUUACCUCGCUCGAGCUGGAUGGACAAAGAACUUCGAAGAUACUGGCCCAAAGUUAUCAGUCGCUCGCACGACACUCCUCCGCGCGACAUGAAAGGCUCAGCGUUUAUGUCAGUCAGUCCUGUUGAUCGAUGCGAGGCCGAGCUUUCAGAGCCGUUCCGCCUCUGCCGUCGAUUUCUUUCCCUCCCUCUUCCUAACAUAACCGCCAUAUCCCUCACCCAUGACGCAGUCAUCGACCUCACGCACAUGAAAUUUUUGAAUCGUCUGGUCGCCGCUCCCUCCGUGCGAUGUCUCGGUAUCGACAUACAGUCCAGUGACGCGUUACUGGACAUACUCGCUAGGCAUGCGGAUGGCGGCGGAUUCGAGAUCUUUCCACUUCUUGAGAUCAUACACUUCCAUACCGGAGGGGACAAAGCUUUGCACGAGGCAGCCUACGUACGGCAAACUCGAGCUCUCUCCACCCUCGUCGCUACUCGCAAGAACGGAGGUACGCCACUGCGAGAGUUGAUGAUCGAGCAAGCGUUGGUUGGAUGGCGCGUGUGGGCGGCGAUAUUCUUAGAUGUACCAGUGACUGUUCUUGAUUAG